AUGGCAGAUGACAGGACAAUGAGGCGCAUCAGGCACCUGUCCGAUGCCUUGGAGGGGAGCCCCAGAUCCGAUUGCUCCACACCCCUGCAGCGGCAGGGGUGUCGGGCGGACGAGCUGCAUGAGGCCCCCAACAAGGUUGUCACCGCCGACGAGGCGGUAGCGCGCAUCAAGGACGGCAGCAUUGUUACUGUUGCUGGCUUUGUGGGCAGCGGUCCUCCAGACAGUCUCUUCAAGGCACUGCGCCAACGCUACGACUCCACAAGCACCCCUCGCAACCUCAGCAUCAUCUUCCUCGCAUCAGUGGGAAACAGCAAGGGCGCCGGGCUGGAUGUCCUGGCCACUGAAGGCUUGGUGGAGGCCGUCACGUAUGGCUGGAUCGGCUCUUGUCCCAAGCUUGGAAGGAUGGUCCUGGAGAACAAGAUCCGGGCACACAACCUGCCCCUGGGAGUGUUGAGUCACAUGAUGCGCGACAUAGCUGCCAAGAGGAUCGGCCCCAUCACCAAGACAGGCCUCGGCACCUUUGUGGAUCCUCGGGAGAAGGGUGGCAAGCGCAACAGCCGGACGACAGAGGACGUGGUGUCCCUGAUGACCCUGAACGGCGAAGAGUACCUCCACUACAAGCCGCCGCGGCGCAUCGACGUCGCCCUGCUGCGUGGCACCACCGCCGACCUGGCGGGCAACGUGUCCUUCGAGCGCGAGGUGCUGUACCUGGACCAGCUGCACCAGGCCAUGGCGGCGCGCAACAGCGGCGGCUUGGUGAUCGUGCAGGUCGAGCGGGUGGUGGACCGGCACAGCCUUCCCUCCCGCGCAGUCCACCUGCAUGCCUCACUGGUGGACCUGAUCGUGGUGGCAGAGGCUGCCGACCACCCCCAGUCCUACGCGCCAGGGGCCUACGACGGAGCGCUCAGCGGCGAGGUUCGGGCGCCCCUGCAUGCCAUUGCCCGCCUGCCCAUGAACGAGCGCAAGAUCAUCGCGCACCGAGCCUUCCUGGAAAUAGACACCCUGCACUGCCUGGUCAAUCUAGGCGUCGGCAUUCCCGAGGGCGUGGCCGUGCUGAAGGCCAGCCAUGGGCGCGACAACCCUGCCGGUGCCACGGCCACGCUGACCACCGAGGCGGGCGUGUUUGGCGGGAUCCCGGCGGGGGGCCUGCGUUUCGGGUCGGGGUACAACUGCGAGGCCCUGGUCCCCACCGCCUCCAUGAUCGACUUCUACUCGGGGGGUGGCGUGGACGUGUGUGUGCUGGGCAUGGCAGAGGUGGAUGGGGCGGGGAACGUCAACGUGCAUAACUUUGGGACGCGGGCGCCGGGCUGCGGCGGCUUCAUUGACAUCUCCCAGUCCAGCAAGAAGUGCGUGUUUGUGGGGACCUUCACCUCCGGCGGGCUCAAGGUGAGCAUCCAGGGCGGCAAGCUGGUGAUCCUGCAGGAGGGCAGGACCAGGAAAUUCAUCAAGGCUGUCGUGGAAAAGACGUUUGCGGCGGCGCUCUCCCAGGGACGACCCGUGCUGUAUGUCACCGAGCGUGCCGUCUUUAGGCCCCUAGUGGGCGAGGGUCGCCUGGAGCUGGUGGAGGUCGCGCCUGGCGUGGACAUAGCGCGUGAUGUCCUUGCACACAUGGACUUUGAGCCUGUGGUCCGCCAUGUCAAGCUCAUGGACCCCAGGAUCUUCCAGGCCUGA